AUGUUAAUUAAAAAUAUUUGGUUAAAACAAAAUUUAAGUGUUUUCCUAAUACUGGUAACACUACUUAUAUUUAAUGGAUUGGUAAUGGGUGAUCAUGGAGGCGAUCAUGGAGGUGAUGAUCUCGAAAAAAUAUUCACAGAUAGUUAUCGAAAGGGUGCAGGGUGUAAUGAUAAGAACUGUCCACCAUUUGGAUCGACAAACUCUGUUGCUGCCAUUGCACAAGAUGGCAUUAUAUCGGAAAAUAGCAAGUUUUCCAUCAUACUAGAGGCCAGCAUUACAAACUACCAAAAUUUUGGCAAAAAGAUUAAAGAGUUUCAAGAUAUCUUGAGAUCACUUCAAAGGAGAUAUCCACAAGCUGGACUCUGUUCAGUGGUUGCCUUUGGUAAUAAUGCAUGGAAAGUAUUGACCAAUAAUGAUCAAAGUGCAAAUCAAUUGAAAAACUUUGUUCAAAGAGGUAAAGGUGAAUUCAUUGCUCCAAGUACUCAAAGAGAUAUAUUAUUUCAUUUACAAUGCAUACAAAUGGAUGUAUUAUUUAGUUUGGCAUUAUAUACUAAUAGAACAUUUACUGGUAGUAUAAAGAUUGAAGAAGAGGUACAUUGCUUUAAAUGGGAGGAAAGUAGAGACUUUAUCGGAUUCAUUGAUGGUACUGUCAAUCCUGUUGGUGCAGCCAAUCGAACCAAUGCCAGUCUUGUUAGCGAUGGACAAGAUGUUGGUGGAUCGUAUAUCAUGUCACAAAGGUUCAGACACGAACUAGAUCGAUGGUCAAAGGUACCAGUAAUGAUCCAAGAACAAAUAGUCGGUAGAACCAAGGACAACAGCACCAUUCUUCCUCGUGACCAAAGAGAUCCCAAUGCACAUGUAGCCAAGACAUUUCUUGGUAAUAGAGUACUAAGAAAGUCAAUGCCCUAUGGUGUUGUCAAUGGUGGUGAUAUAGGUCUCUACUUUAUCAGCUAUUCCCAUCAUCUCUCGUUUAUGGAAGACCAAUUAAAGAGUAUGUUUGGUGAACUUAAUGGUCAAUUUGAUAGACUUUUAAAUUACACUAAACCUGUCACUGGUAGUUAUUGGUAUGCUCCAUCUCUAGUUCAAUUAAAUAGAUUAAAUUAA